AAUAAACCUGGAUUUAACUGCUUUUAAGCCAGUUUAGAAGAUAUAAAAAUGACCUCCUACGUCCUUUCGAAAGAACUAGUAGGACACGAACAAGACGUUCGAGCGGUUUGUUCUAUUUCAGAUGAAUUGAUAGGCUCUGCUUCAAGAGAUGGGAAGUACGGUCUUUGGAAAAAGAUUGGUAAUGAUUGGACUCCUCAAUUCUAUGAAUUUCACGAAGGAUUUGUGAAUUCCGUAUGCUAUGUUCCUCCAAGCGAUCCUACUACGAAAGGGUUUCUCUUUUCUGGAGGACAAGAUUGUUCAGGUAUCCUGCAAGAAGUAGAUAGCGAAUCUCCUGCUUACUAUUUAUUCGGACAUGAAUCCAAUAUUUGCUCCGUUCACGCACUUAACAGUGCUACCAUCAUCACUGGAAGUUGGGACUCAACUGCUCGUGUGUGGUCAUAUGGGCAAUGCAGACUUGUUUUACGCGGACAUGAAUCUUCGGUCUGGGCUGUCUUAGCUUUAGGGGAGGAUUCUUUUGUCACUGGUUCUGCUGACAAGACGAUCAAGAUUUGGAAGGGGGAUAAAUUGGUAAAAUCGUUUGAAGCGCAUGUGGAUUGCGUAAGAUCUCUUUGCAAAAUUCCCCAAGGCUUUGCUUCUUGCUCAAAUGAUGGAACCGUUAAGUUGUGGUCCUUAGAUGGACACCUUUUGCAAGAAUUACAUGGACAUACCUCAUUUGUUUAUUCGCUUACGUAUGUUCCUACGUUGAAUCUUUUGGCAUCCUGUGGUGAAGACAAGUCUGUACGCAUUUGGAAGGAAUCUGAUUGCAUUCAACGUAUCGCCUUACCAACUACUAGUAUAUGGUCUGUUUGUGCUCUUCCAGAUGGGGAUAUUGCUUGUGGGUCGAGCGACGGCUAUGUCCGUGUCUUCACCAUGGAGAAAAUUCGAAUGGCAUCUGAAGAAGAAUUGAAGAAUUUCGAAAGACGAGUGAGUGAAUACGCAAUUGCUGCUCAAGAAGUAGGUGAUGUGAAAAAGGGUUCUUUGCCAGGCCCUGAAAUUCUGACAACCCCUGGAAAAAAUGAAGGAGACGUGGUAAUGGUCAGAGUAAAUAAUGAUGUCGAGGCUUAUCAAUGGUCUCAAGUGGAGAAAGACUGGAAAAAGGUUGGUCAAGUAGUUGACGCCGUAGGAAGCAACCGGAAACAACUUUAUAAAGGCCAAGAAUAUGAUUAUGUCUUCGAUGUAGACGUAGCCGAAGGUCAGGCUCCUUUAAAAUUACCUUAUAAUGUGACUGAGAAUCCUUUUCAAGCUGCUAUUCGGUUUUUGGAAACGAACCAAUUACCCAUGUCGUAUACGGAUGAAGUGGUCCAAUUCAUUCAGAAAAAUAUCCAAGGACAUACGUUUGAUACGUCGUCAACGCCUCAAGCUUCAAAUCCAUCAACUAGCAAAGAAGUUACUAUUUUCCCUGUAACUUACCUUUUAUUUACCACCGCAAACAUCCCCGCUAUGUGUCAAAGAUUACUUAGUCUAAACACUACACAUGCUAAUGCUCUUCCCCAAGAAGACUUGGAAAAAUUACAACGUAUACUUUCAACGAAUCCUAUAACUGAUACUGAUCGUCAAGUUGCCAUUGAGAUUUGUCUCAAUGUGUUGGACCGUUUUAGUUUUUCUGAACGAUUUCCGGCUUUAGAUGCUUUACGAUUAUUGGCAAUCCAGUGUCCUAAGCACCUUUGUGCAGUUCUCUUGGAAGUGUUUGCACAACUUGCUCAAUCAAUUACAGUCACUGGAAAGUUCGAGUCGAUUAACAGUAUGUUGACGCUUCGAGGCCUAGCCAAUCUUGCGCCAAAUCUUUCAUCUGAAGAAGACAUUGUAAAGAUAGCUGAUUGUUUAUUCAAGGCUACUCCGCAAGCGGAAUAUCCAAAAGAUUACAAAGUUGCUUUUGCGACUCUCGCUAUGAAUCUUUCUAUCUUGCAUAUUAAGAAAAACUCCGAGGAAGCAGCUAUUGAACUUUUACCACUCUUGACAAACUUCUUAGCUACAGACUCUUCUGAGAGUGAAUCUUGCUAUCGUGCCCUCAUGGCAUUGGGUAGUCUGUGCACGCUUCCUAACGCUGCAGUAGCAGCAGCUCAAGUUUAUGAUGCCCGCAAGGUAGUAGACAAUGUUUCAAAGGCAUUUGCUAAAGAGUCUCGUUUUCUAGAAGCAAAAGACCAAUUCUUUGCUCUCUUGGAUAAGACGACUUAAAAGUGAUGCUUUUCAUCUAUACUACUAAUGAUAUUUAUGAAAACUGUAAACCUAGUUCCGUAGUUGCUCUCGUGCUCAAUAGAUCCUUCUUGACAAAGUCUACCAAUUUGCUUCGCUAUCUAUAUUUGCGAAUCGCAGUUGCAGUGUACGUUUACAGACGACUGAUUAUUUGCAUUUGGUUCUUUUUACAUUUCGCACUUUAGCUCUAAACUAUUCAAAUAAUUUACUACGUUUUGAAAUUUUCU